UCGGGAGGAGCCGCGCGGGGCGCUGAUGCCGCAGGGCGCGCCGCGGAGCGCCCCGGAGCAGCAGAGUCUGCAGCAGCAGCAGCCGGCGAGGAGGGAGCAGCAGCAGCGGCGGCGGCGGCGGCGGCGGCGGCGGAGGCGCCCGGUCCCGGCCGCGCGGAGCGGACAUGUGCAGGCUGGGCUAGGAGCCGCCGCCUCCCCCCCGCCCAGCGAUGUAUUCAGCGCCCUCCGCCUGCACUUGCCUGUGUUUACACUUCCUGCUGCUGUGCUUCCAGGUACAGGUGCUGGCGGCCGAGGAGAACGUGGACUUCCGCAUCCACGUGGAGAACCAGACGCGGGCUCGGGACGAUGUGAGCCGUAAGCAGCUGCGGCUGUACCAGCUCUACAGCCGGACCAGCGGGAAGCACAUCCAGGUCCUGGGCCGCAGGAUCAGUGCCCGCGGCGAGGACGGGGACAAGUAUGCCCAGCUCCUAGUGGAGACAGACACCUUCGGUAGUCAAGUCCGGAUCAAGGGCAAGGAGACGGAAUUCUACCUGUGUAUGAACCGGAAAGGCAAGCUCGUGGGGAAGCCCGAUGGCACCAGCAAGGAGUGUGUGUUCAUUGAGAAGGUCCUGGAGAACAACUACACAGCCCUGAUGUCCGCCAAAUACUCUGGCUGGUACGUGGGCUUCACCAAGAAGGGGCGGCCACGGAAGGGUCCCAAGACCCGGGAGAACCAGCAGGACGUGCACUUCAUGAAGCGCUACCCCAAGGGACAGGCAGAGCUGCAGAAGCCCUUCAAGUACACCACGGUGACCAAGAGGUCCCGGCGGAUCCGCCCCACGCACCCAGGCUAGGCUGGCCCCACCGCAGCCCCCCAGGCUGCCCCCAGGCCCACACUCACACUCACAGAGAACUGCAUCAGAGGAAUAUUUUUACAUGAAAAAUUAGGAAGAAGCUCUAUUUUUGUACAUUGUGUUUAAAAGAAGACAAAAACUGAACCAAAACUCUUGGGGGGAGGGGGAACGAUAAGGAUUUUAUUGUUGACUUGAAACCCCCUGUCUAUGACAAAAGACUCACGAGAAGGGACUGUUGUCAACGCACAGGUGCUUGUCUCUCUCUAGGAACCGACAACUCUAAACUUGUCCCCAGAGGAGGAUUUGAAUGAGGAAAACGACACUCUGAGAAACCAAAGUCCUUUUUCCCAAAGGUUCUGAAAGCAAAGAACAAAAAAAAAAAACAAAAACAAAAACAAAACAAAAAAAAAAAAAAAGAAAAAAAAGAAAAAAAGAGAAAAACAAAGAGAAAGUAGUACCCACCCCCAAACUCCCUUUCUUCUCCAAUCCCCCGUCCCUGUCCCAAUCUCCAACAAAAAUCGCUCUCUGGUUUGCAGUCAUUUAUUUAUUGUCCGCUGCAAGCUGUCCCGAGACACCGCGCAGGGAAGGCGUGCCCCUCGGGAAUUCUCGGCGCCUCGACCUCCGACCUCCGACGACAGACGGCCUCGUCCAAUCAAGUGACCCUGCAUUGCUCGCAGUUCUGGAGGAUGCUGCUAUCGACCUUCCGUGACUCACGUGACCUAGUACACCAAUGAUAAGGGAAUAUUUUAAAACCAGCUAUAUUAUAUAUAUUAUAUAUAUAUAAGCUAUUUAUUUCACCUCUCUGUAUAUUGCAGUUUCAUGAACCAAGUAUUACUGCCUCAACAAUUAAAAACAAUCGACAAAUUAUUUA